UGUGCCUGCGUGUGUGCUAUGUGGGCCAGCGGCGACUGCGUGACAAAAUGUUUAGCACCACUGAACUAAUAAUACUAGCUGGUCAAGUAAUUAUGAAAAUAGUGAAGUAAUACUCAUGACAACAUACGAAUAUUGAUACGAUCAGAUGUAUUGUGCUGUAGUAGGCUCACUUAUCAUAUUCAUGACCUUUCCAUCCCAGAUAAGAGAUAUAGAGAUCCACAACCAAAAGAGAGCAUAGGCCUACAGUAAGAGGAACAGACUAACCCUAAAAACUCAUAGUUCGUCCCAGAGCAGUUUGGGAUACUGGGGGUGUGGCCGGAGUCUUCAUUGAAGAUUUUGUAACGUUGUGACAACAUGACCACGUGUGUCAUCCGCGAAGGACAAGUUACAAAACAAAUCCAUAUGAAAUUUGAAGUCGUGUGUGGUGAUCAUUUUCAACUGUUCGGUGUUCGGUGAAGUCUUACUACUAUGAAAGCUGAUACUACCUAACAACGUGUUUGGAACUGCUGGUUAAGCGAUGCACUUCGCCGAUUUCCUCGCAGGAUCUGUUGGAGUGUUGGUGGCAGACUUGGCAGGCUGGUUUUCAUCUGUCAGACAAUAUUGACAUUCCUGAUCAUCGGCGGAGCCUGUGGGGUGGCAGUUGGUUACCCCUUCGACACAGUAAAAGUGAGGAUCCAGACCCAAAAGCAGUUCUCUGGAAUAUGGCAGUGUUUUGAAAAAACCUUGGAAAAAGAAGGGGUCCAUGGUUUCUUUAAGGGGAUGUCCCUGCCCGUCACCACUGUGUCCAUGACAUCCUCGGUGGUGUUCGGGACCUACAGGAACUGCCUGCAGUGCCUCAGUCAGUUCCACGGCCUCGGGGCCCCCAACACCAAGCUGGACGUCUUCCUGUCUGGACUGGCCGGGGGAGUGGCCCAGAUCUCGGUCAUGUCGCCGGGUGACAUUGUGAAGGUCCGUUUGCAGUGUCAGACGGAGUCCAUGCGUGGUGGUGGUGGUCGUGGUGGCACUAACCUGGCCAAGCCGAAAUACCGCGGCCCCGUCCACUGCCUGGUGUCCAUCGUGUGCGAGGACGGGCCACGGGGCCUGUAUAAGGGGGCCCUGCCACUGGCCCUCAGGGACGGCCCCUCCUUCGCCACCUACUUCCUCACCUACCAGACGCUGUGCGAGUGGCAGACGCCCGCCGGACAGAAGGAAACAGAGUGGACUGCUGUGCUGUUGGCGGGAGGGGUGGCUGGCAUGGCCGGCUGGUCGGUCGGCACGCCCAUGGAUGUCAUCAAAGCUCGCCUGCAGAUGGACGGUGCGCGGGAGCAGAAGAGGUACCGCGGCCUUGUCCACUGCGUGACGGAGACCGUGCGCGUGGAGGGUUCGACCGUGUUCUUCAAGAGCCUGGGCAUCAACUGCCUGCGCGCCUUCCCAGUCAACAUGGUGGUGUUCGCCGUGUACGAGCUUGCCGUCCGCGUCCUCCGCAAACCAGAGACAGUCACACACAUCUGACAUAGCCAGCACUAAUGCUGUGUGUGUCUGUGCUGUGUGGAUUAUCAGGUCAAUUAAUGCAUCUUUUAUAGACUUUAGCUGCUGGAAAAGCGCACAAAAUGAAAGAAAGGGACAUCAGUGUUUUAAAUGUGAGCAUGAAAGAGCUUUUACUGUCUGAGACUACCUCAUGAGUUGUAUGCUAUAGGUACUCUGCUUCUUAAUUAAAUGCUGUAUUGUAUUUGGGGCAUCAUGUGGAAAUGUAGUGUAGUGGGGCAUCAUGGGAAAUGUAGUUUUUGUGCCCAUCCUCAGGAUGUAGGCAGAGGCUAAAGUCACCACAGGAGGGCACACUGGCUAAAGGUUUGAGUCUGGAACAAAGCCGACCCAGAAAAGGUCUUGAUCUGGCUCGGGUCUGGGGCUAGAGAGCAGCUGACUGGACCUUGUUAGCCGGUAAAAAAUAAUUAUGGGUCAAAUGGGGAGGGCCUAUAUAUACUCGUAAUAUAUUUAUCUAAAAUGAUGAGGGGGGAGAGGAAGGUGAGAAAUGUAUACCUGGAUGUAUGUAUGAAUGUUUACAAUAUGUUGACUUUCGUCCUCAGUCGAAGAAAAGAAUAUUUUAUUUUGUUAAUGAAAGUAUUAAUUUGGUUUCUGUUAUUUAUUUGAAUCUCAUGCUGUUACAAGUUAAAGAAACUACUGUUUGAGCUUGUCUGCUGCCAGCUACUGAUGUGCCUAAGCACUUGUGGGGAUUAAUAUGGGCAUUGCCUACUUCCAAAAUAAUGCAAUAAAUUAAAUCCAUCCAGA